CGCACUGUUUCCUGUCCGACUGAAACGAAAGUCAUUAGAUGGUGGUGCGAGAGUUUGGUGAACACAGAUGAUCGUUCAAUGAUCGCCUAAAUACAACGAUUUGCAUAGGAUUACAAACCAAGCUGGUCAUGACUGCAGAGUCGGACUUUCCGGAAAGCGGAAUGGAGUGACAUGAUUGGAUGAGACUGAGGAGUCAUGGCCAGCCAGUGCAGCAGCAAUGUGGGGGGUGCGGGCUCCAUUCACUCCACUCCCCUUUCUGCCCGCAUCGAGUCAUAUGAAGCAGGAGAAAAGAAGAGCAUCUCAGAUAUUCGGAGAACCUUCUGCCUGUUUGUGACCUUUGACCUUUUGUUCGUCACUUUGCUGUGGAUCAUUGAGUUGAACGUCAAUGGAGGUAUACAACAGCAGCUGACGAUAGAGGUGUUGAAGUAUGACUACCACAAAUCAUUUUUUGAUAUAUUUCUCUUGGCAGUGUUCCGUUUUGCAGCCUUGAUUUUGGCGUAUGCUGUAUGUAAGCUGCGUCACUGGUGGGCUAUUGCGAUAACUACAGCCAUCACCACUGGUUUCUUAAUAGUUAAAGUGAUUCUGUCUAAGCUUCUGUCUCAGGGGGCAUUUGGGUACUUGUUACCCAUCGUCUCCUUCAUUCUGGCAUGGAUAGAGACGUGGCUCCUAGACUUUAAAGUCCUGCCGCAGGAGGCUGGUGAUGAAAUCAGACAUCUUUCAGUGCAGCAUGCAUCAGAUCAAGAACCACUCUUAUAUCCAGGAAGGGCAGUUUCAGAAGGCCAGUUCUACUCCCCUCCUGAAUCCAUGGCAGACUCUGAUGAAGACCUUGAUGAUAAACAUGAUCUGGAGAAGCCCAUUGUCUAAAGCUCAGACCACUACUCAGAGUUCCGGGGUCUUACAACAGCCGUGUCCGGGGCUACUCAUCUUGUCCUUGCUUGAGUUUGAGUUAAUUGAAUUAACCCAAGUCAAAGCUCUUAGUAAAAUUUUGUUUUUUGUUUACGUCUUUAUUUUUACCACGGAACAAAAAGCAUUCUGUUAAUUGUGCAGUGCUUAUUAAAAAAGAAUGAAGGAUUUUAAUGUGAACUAUACAGUGUGUAUAUGUAAAGUCUAUAAUCUAGGGAUGAUAUCGGAGCUCAUCGCGAGGUUUUUGUUUACAUGUUUAUGUUGUUCUCAGCUCUGCUCCUGCACAGUCAUUGCAGACCCACCGGUUCAUGGUGUAAAAUCCACAUGUCUGCAUUAAGUCUAUAAAGGUUUUUUAUGUCUUUGAUUGCAUACGCAUCACUGGACAGGACCUCAAUGUGAAUAACAGUUUAAGUCUCAGGUCAGCACUGCCACUGAUUACUGUGUGAAGAUUUGCUGUUCUUUCUUUGAUUCUCUCAUGUUUUUUCUGUUUUAAUGCCUUGUCUAUCAGUCACUAUAGUGUGUGGAAUGAACAUUGAGUGACAGGAGGCUUGAUUUAAAUAUGAUUUUGUUUACUUCCAAUAUAAAGGACUCGCCUCAUUUUGCACGAAAUAUUCUUAAAGGAGGGAUUUACAGUGUACGCAUGACUAGUGAUCUGAUUUUAUGUUUGUUUUGGGGUCAUAUCAGAAAGCAUUCCUGAACACUGAACAUCUUAUGUUUACUUGUGCCACACUUACAGAAUACGGGUCUAUGUACCUGGUGCAGGUCUGGGACCUCCGGAUUGCUUAAAACAGUUAUCAGAUCUGCUAUCUUCAUAUGCACCCAUAAAGCCUUGUAUGUUGGACAAUGUUAGUCUGUAUUUCGUUCUGUAUUAAAACAAUUACCGUUUUUCUUAAGUGUGUGCCUUCAUGUUAUGCAAUUUUGUUCAUCAGUUUAAUGCAUGCAUAGAUAAUGGAUUGCUUUGCAAUGAAUGUGAAGAUGAGAAAAACAAGUGCAUCGGAAACUGUCGCUAAGAGUCAGUUUGCGCUCUCACGAAUAGUGCAGUCAAACCUCCUUGCCCACAAAUAACCGCUUAGAUGAGCAAGACAAACACCCUGCAGCCGCUAAUACAUUAUCAGCAAAUCAUGCUGUGGUUAAACUGGUGCAUGUUUUCUUUCCAGCAAGCUUGUACAUACCCGACCACAUUUUCCUGCCACAGCAGUUUCGAUCACCGUGGUGAUGUUUUUAAAUGUAUGAUCAUU